AAGUGGCAUUGAGAGAGUAGAGAGGGCCCGCGCGUGCGGAGUGGGGCGGGAUCUCGCGCGACUUGUGGAGAUGACACCUAUUUCAUGAGAACAUAACCCUCUCGGUUCUGUGUGUGUGUUUACAUAGCGCGUGCCGCUGAGACGUUUCCUCAGUCGACGGCGAGCGGAGAGGUCUUGUUGCUGCACUUGCCUCGGCUAGCGAGUUUACACAGAACAGGAAAUAGCUGCAAAAUCUUUUAAAAUGGGAUUUUCAUUCAUCUGCAAAGAGGAAUGGACACUGAACAGUUAACUGUACAGAAAGAAAACACUGCAGAGUUUUGGCUGUAGUUAGCUUGGGAAGUGACGUCUUACGGCAUUUGCUGUUCUAGAAAGAGCGGAGACACGUUUGUAUAAUUGGGAGGACUCUGGGUGGCAGUGUCUCUGCCGCUGUGUAUAUCUAUCUUUAUAAAGCAAUUGGGGAGAGGGAACAAGGUGAUGAGCAGCCUGCCUGCUGCUCUAAUACAAAUAUAGUUCUUGUGACUUUGGUGAAGCGGUUUUCCAGCUACAUUGCAUAGCUGAAAUACAGGACUCUUAUAUCUAAAGAAAUAAACUUUGGAAAAUAAACUUUGAAUAUUCAAAAUGGGGAAGGAUUAUUAUUCUGUUCUUGGAAUUGAAAAGGGGGCAUCUGAUGAAGAUAUUAAGAAAGCCUACAGAAAGCAAGCCCUUAAAUGGCAUCCCGAUAAGAACAAAUCUCCCCAUGCAGAAGAGAAAUUCAAAGAAAUUGCAGAAGCAUAUGAGGUGCUGAGUGAUCCCAAAAAAAGAGAAAUUUAUGAUCAGUUUGGAGAAGAAGGUCUGAAAGGAGGAGCUGGAGGACCAGAUGGGCAGGGUGGUACCUUCCGGUACUCUUUCCAUGGAGACCCACAUGCUACAUUUGCAGCAUUUUUUGGUGGUGCAAAUCCUUUUGAAAUCUUCUUUGGUAGAAGGAUGCCUGGUGGCAGGGACACCGAAGAUAUGGAAAUCGAUGGCGAUCCAUUUGGUUCUUUUUCAGCUUUUAAUAUGAAUGGAUUCCCAAGGGAAAGAAACACUGUUGGUAACCAGUCUCGUCGCAAGCAAGAUCCCCCUGUUAUUCAUGAACUCAAAGUAUCAUUAGAAGAGAUUUAUCAUGGUUGCACCAAAAGAAUGAGAAUUUCCCGAAAAAGACUCAACCCAGAUGGUAGAAGUGUCCGAACUGAGGAUAAAAUCCUUACUAUUGAUAUCAAGAGAGGAUGGAAAGAGGGCACUAAAAUUACAUUCCCAAAAGAGGGUGAUGAAACACCAAACACUAUCCCAGCUGAUAUUGUAUUUGUUAUAAAAGAUAAAAUACACACACAUUUCAAGAGGGAUGGCUCAAAUAUUGUCUAUCCUGUGAAGAUUAGCUUACGGGAGGCUUUAUGUGGCACCUCAAUUAAUGUUCCAACAAUAGAAGGACGAACCAUACCAAUGACAGUGAAUGAAGUUGUAAAGCCUGGGAUGAGAAGAAGAAUUAUAGGAUAUGGUUUGCCAUUUCCAAAAAACCCUGACCAGCGAGGUGACUUAAUUAUAGAGUUUGAAGUAAUCUUCCCAGACAGUAUAGCUCCAGCCUCAAAAGAAGUACUCAGGAGAAACCUUCCUGUUUCAUAAGAAAUAUGGUGAAAGAAUUGUACUAUGAGUACACUUCAGACUGAAUACUUUUCAGGUUUAUGCUGUAAACGUGCAAUCUAUAACUGUGGAAUUUUUCUUUUAUGUUUUGGGUAGGAAAGGUAAUUAUGCCAUGCUGCAUGAAAAUAGGAUGGACAAUACAGAAGACUUUGUAAUCAAGUAUAAAGCUAAAACCACUUGCUGUGUACUGGGUCUUCCAUUUCAGAACAUUUUAUUGAAUAUUUUGCUUACAUGUACAAACAUAAUCUUUGAGUGGGAGAACACCCCUUGCAUAUAUCAUGGAGUGCUUCACUUUCAAAGCACUUUAUUUCACAUAAUUCUUUUGAAUUCUUUGUGAUGUAUUGUACUGCAGUAUCAGAAAUCACAACUCAUGGUAAGGAUUUGUGUAAUGUUUGCAGUAUUUAUGUUGCGUGUAAUGUACCCAUAAGCCUUGUUUACAUUGCACAUUGUAGAAGGCAGAAAAUCUGAAAAUGUUUAUAAACCCAAAAGAAACCUCAGAGUUUCCUCUGCAUUGUUGUAUAUGUUCACUGUUUUCUGCCUUCUGUGUUUUUCUAGUAGUAGCAGCCUGAUAGAAAUCCUGUUCUAAAAUGCGCCCCUUUGGGCAUAGCAGAUUCAAAGAUGGAAACAACUGGCAAAACAGUUGCUUGAAUGCCCUUUGAACACAUGUGCUAAAGCUACAUAUUUAGCCCUCUGAGCAACUGCGAAGACAAUUAGACUAUGGGAAUAAUGACUCCAGUCUUUCACAAUUCUAGUCCUCUUGCAUGUUUUGUUAGCAGUGAAGUUAUAUAUAGCCCUUUUUAAACUAAAAAAUUUUGAGCCCAUCUCAAAUUAUCUAAGAGAAGAAAGAGCAAUAAAAAAUCCUCAAAUCCUCUAGUUUCCCCAGAAAGUGUUUUUAGCGCUGGGACGCUUGAAUGGCAAGAUCGGACUACUAAACAUGCCUUCAGCAGUUUGUCUUGAACUAUACUACAAUAUCUUAACCUUUAAAACAUUUUUGUUUGUUCAUAAAAAUAUAAUUUUAUUUAAAUAUGAAUCUGUUAGUGAACCACAUUAUUACACAAUAGCAGGAGUGGACAAAAUUCUCAUCAGGGGCCUAGCCAGCAUAGUCAAUGAGGAAUGCUUUUUGUAGGAUGUACGGUAGUUCACUCUGUCUACAUUUGGAGGGCUGCACUUAAUCUAUCCUUGACCAACAGGGUAAUAAAUUGACUACUGUGUAUAUUUCCAUGAAGGAAAGUCAUAUAUUAGCAAAACUAAAAUGAUUACAAUAAUCCUGUAAGAAAAAAUGUUUUAGAAAUGACACACAGUCUAAUGUUUUUUGCAAAUUCUCAAUGCAAAGAGUACAAACAUAUAAUAUUGUCAAAUUUCAAAAGGAUCCAGAAUGUUAGUUUUCAUGACGCUAGGAGUGGAGACUAGAAUGUCACUGCUUUUUCUUUAUGCAUAUUGUUAAUGCAUUUUAAAUAGCCUAUAUGGUCUGUAUUGCAUUUAAUAUAUUUUUUAAUUAAAACAUCAUUUCUA